CCCAGAUCAACCCCGCACGCGACAUCAAUAGUCCCUACCAUUCGGCGAACGUACAAAUCAAAGUGCGGCGUGCCCGCUCGCAAACUUUGAGUACGUACUGCUACUCCGGCUCGUCCUCCUCUCUUCUCCAUCGCCGUUGGUUCUCUCACGCCACACGGUCAUCCGAUCCCUGUCCACCGCGUUGGGAGCGGCGCAGCCCAUGGACGACAACGAGAGAGAGAAAGAGAAUGAGAAUGAGAAGGAGAAGCACUACGGGACUGACGUCGAGGAUGAAGAAGAGGACGAGGAAGGUAACAAGCGAGUCGUGGUGCUUGGCCCCCAGGUCCCCCUCAAGGAGCAGCUCGAGCUCGACAAGGAUGAUGAGAGCCUGAGGAGGUGGAAGGAGCAACUCCUUGGGCAGGUCGACACAGAGCAGCUGGGAGAAACUGCGGAACCAGAGGUCAAGGUGGUGGACCUGACGAUCCUGUCACCUGGCAGACCGGACCUGAUCCUUCCGAUCCCGUUCCAGGCUGACGAGAAGGGCUAUGCGUUUGCCCUCAAGGACGGCAGCCCCUACAGCUUCCGCUUCUCCUUCAUCGUCUCCAACAACAUCGUGUCAGGCCUCAAGUACACCAACACUGUCUGGAAAACUGGAGUCAAAGUGGAGACCCAGAAGAUGAUGCUGGGGACGUUCAGCCCCCAGCUAGAGCCCUAUGUCUACGAGGGCGAAGAAGAGACCACCCCUGCUGGCAUUUUUGCGAGAGGUUCUUAUUCUGCCAAACUAAAGUUUGUUGACGAUGAUGGCAAGUGCUUCCUGGAGAUGAGUUACUACUUUGAGAUUAGAAAGGAGUGGCCAGGAACUCAAUGAUGUGUGGACCAGCAUGGCUGAUUCGUCGGAGUAUGUUAGAGCUCAUAGCUAAGCCAAGCACAAGAUGUGGACUCAUCUUCAAGAAUGAUUCAUUCGCUACUUCAUCGUUAAUCGCAUUUUAAUUUGUUUUGAAUUGUCAUUGUACGUCGUUUAUGACAUAAAACUGUUUAUUCAUCACAUAUAUAAUUCAUGUAUCGAGAUAU